CAUCAAAAUUAUUUUAUAUAUCAAUGAUAUUAUAUUAAAUAUUUUAACUAUAAAUUAAGAAUUCUUUCUUUAUAACUGCUAUGUUAUAGUUUAUAGUCGUGGGAUAGUCAUGAUUUUACAAGGUUAGGUUAGAUGGAAAGUUACAUGGUCACAAUUCAACGUAGCAUGUUGGGUGUGGUUAAUACCGUGAGAUCUUUAAAUCAGUAGAUUUGAAUUGUUUGUCAUACGCAUUGUGCUACAUUGUGAUUUUAGUAUUCACAAAACAAUUUUUUAUCAUGAAAAAAAGAAGUUUUUCCGGCAAUAUUGGUGUCGGUGUCUUUAUCAUUGCUUUUGUGUGUGUUUGCGUUGCAUUUAGUACACCAGCAUGGUUGGUGAGCGAUUAUCGUAUUACUGGUGCGAAACUUGAUAAAUUAGGUCUUUGGACUCAUUGCUUCAGAUCACUUCCAAAUCCUCAAGAAAUGGACGCACCUAGACGCUUUUUCGUUGGUUGUAGAUGGGUUUAUGAUCCCUUUACUGCAGGAUAUACCGAUAUUCUUGGUUUUCUUUUACCUCCAUUUAUGAUAGCAACACAGUUUUUCUUUACUUUAUGCUUCCUGUUAAGUCUUAUAUCAUUUUUAUUGAUAUUAUUAUUUACUCUGUGCAGUGAUCCAGAACAAAAAUAUUAUGUACAACUUAUUAUGAUAAUUGGAUAUCUACUGCUUAUUGGUGGUAUAAGUGGUGGAUUGGCAGUAAUUAUAUUUGCUUGUUUUGGGAAUACUGAAGGUUGGAUGCCUGGACAUGCUAAUAAUUUUUUUGGUUGGUCUUUUAUAAUGGCAGUUGUGGGUAGUGUAUUGACUAUCAUAACAGGUGCACUUUUUCUUGUUGAAGCAAAUAUUCAACGUAAGAAAAGAGAAUAUUUAAAAGAAUCUCAAACAAGAUUUCAGCUUGAAUCUCGUACAUGAUUUAAAAUAAGAUUUGCACAAUAUUUUAAUACCAAAAUUUUGUAAUAUUAUUCCGUCCAUAUAUUAGCUAAUUUUUAAUAUUAGAUUUUUUUAUAUUAUUAUUUUAGUACAAAGUAUAUUAUAAUAUGAUUAUUAAUAAUAAUAAGAUUUGUAUUUUUGUAAGUUUUAUACAUACAUAUUAUGUAAAAUUAUAAUUAUACUAAAUAGUAUAGAAAAGAAAAUCUUUAUAUAUUAAUUUUAUUGUUUUUGUUAUUUGUUAACAUUUUUGAAAUUUAAAUACAUAAAGUAAAAUUAAAUGAAAAUAUACUUAAUUAUUUUAUCAAGGAAUCUCAAUUGUAUGCAGUAAAAAUUUUUUUUUAUUAUAAAUAGGAUAUUGUUAAAUAUUGUAUAAACUUCACAAUGCAAAUAUCCACUGCCUAUGGUAAAUCUAUAUAUAAAAAAUUUAUAAUAAAAAUUUGUAAUUUAUAUA